GCGCUCUGACACGGGUCAAUGUCAGUGUUCAGGUUUUACAGACCAGCUUAGUCAAAAAAUUGUUUUACACUUGUCAAAAUGGCAGAGGAAAGCGGAUACGAAUCGAUUGUCUGUGUAAAGCCAGAGGUCCAUGUGUACAGAAUUCCGCCCCGCGCCACUAACCGUGGUUAUCGGGCUGCAGACUGGAAGUUGGAUGAGCCGUCAUGGAGCGGUCGAAUGAAAAUAAUUGCAAAAGACAAGGUGUGCUUCAUCAGGCUAGAGGACAAAAACUCAGGAGAGCUGUUUGCUCAAGCCACCGUGGACACGUAUCCUGGAGUUGCAGUAGAAGCAGUCACUGACUCCAGUAGAUAUUUUGUUGUGCGGAUACAGGAUGAUACUGGACGUCAUGCGUUUAUUGGCCUGGGGUUCGCUGAUCGCGGUGACUCCUUUGACUUCAAUGUGGCUUUGCAAGACCACUUUAAAUGGGUGAAACAGGAAGGGGAACUGGCAAAACAGGAAGCUUCCCAGAGCACGGCACCCAAACUGGAUCUGGGCUUCAAAGAGGGCCAGACCAUAAAGAUUUGCAUUGGGAACAUUAAGAAGAAGGAUGGAGGUGCAGCCAAGUCACGGCCCAUGGCUGGUGGCCUCUUGCCCCCUCCACCAGGGUCCAAGGGUGGAAGCAUCCUACCCCCUUCUGGAGACCAACCGUCUGCUCCAGAUGAACAAACUAACACUGCAUCUUCUCUGUUAGACUUCAUUGCCCCUGUCCCAGCAGCCCAGCCCACCCCUGACUUGUGGGGUGACUUCACAGCAGCUGGCUCCAGCUCCAGUCAAGACACUGUCAAAUCAGGAUGGGUGCAGUUUUAGUUGGGAAGGACCACACACACACCGACACACACACACACACACCACAAACAUGCACACUCAGGCUCCUUACAUUCCCUGGAUAGAUUGAUUAUGGCAAUUGGCAUGUUAGUGACUGACUGGUUGCUUCAAUCGAGGUGAUACAUAACAUGCACUGCUGCUCAUCCAGUAAAGAUUCAAACAAUCACAAAAUCAAGAACCGACCAUCAUAUAUUUACACUCGUGUUUUAGAUACUUUUAGAAACUAUCUAUGCAGUCCCAAGUGACCCCUCAGUUUGUGAGUGAUCAAGUAUUGAUAACCAUGUUAUUUGUAAUCAUUCGUUUCUAAGGGUUCUGUGCCCUUAAUGUACAUCUCCCUGUAAGACCUAUGGGUAUUGCUAAAGGACAUUGAUACCACUCACUCUGUCACUUUGGCCAGGUGAAAAUGUACAUUCCUUGUCGAUGACACCUUGUCAAAAGGGUUUCUUCAUUGUCUCUGUCUAACUAGUUCCACUUUAUACCACAAAACUGGAUUCACUACUUCUUCUACCUUUUAUUUUCUUGCUUGUUGUUUAAUCACCUGUUUGGCUAUCAUACUCGGGAAAUGUACUUUUCCUGAUUAGUAAACCCUAUUCAUCAUCUCAACAUAUCAGUCUGAAUAAGUGCUAAUGACAUUCUUUAUGCCGUCUAUCAACAACCAGCCUAUAGCAAAACUUGUUUCCAUGUUUUUUGUGUGUUUUGAUGUACUGUUCUGAAUUUUGGUCUUUUGUCAAUCUCUGCCGUCAAACCCUUGUCCUGGUUAUGAAAACCCUUUGAUUUAUGAUUUGAAGGAAAUUCUACAGGUUAAUAUAUUAUAUUGGGUUUCUGUAGUAUCAGUGUAAGUCUAUCAAAUCAUUCUUAGGUGAUUGUGAUUCAUUUGGAGAAACCAACUGUUCCCAGGCUUGUUUGUGUCUUUUGUUUUGUUUACAGUACAUGCCUUUCAGAUGCCUCCUGACAGUUUUAUUCCAAAUGUUCUGCUAUAUAUUUUGUUUCUACACAUAAACUCUAGUGCCUUUCAAAUUUGAGUCAUUGAAGUUUUCUUUUGAUUUGCAACAAGUGCCUUCUACCUACAGUAAUUGUACAAAAUGUAAAGCAAAACUUCUUGUAAAUAAAACAUUUGAUGUUAAAA